GGGGGGAUGGUCAGGGACGGGGUGGAAAAGAGGCGAGCCGAGGGAGCGGGGACGGCUAGCGUCGCAGUGCUUAGGUUAUGGACGCACGGGCAUAAAGACAGCCGCCGUGGCCCGCUGGCCGUCGAGGAAAAUGCCCCUAUUUUGAGCGCACGGGCUGCAGCGCACUGACAGUUUCCGAGCCCUGCUGUCGCUCUUUCCUCCACCCGCAUUCAUCCAUCGCAAUCGGGCCCAUGUCCUCGCCCAGUCCCCGUCACAGAGCGCGCCCCCAGUGCCCUCCCCAGCACAUCUUCCACCGCGUGUACGACGACAUGGAACCCCACGAUCAUCCCCCGCCCCCCCUUCAGCCCCCCAGCGCCUCCCUCAUCCACAUCCUGCCCGUUGAGCUCCUCACCCGCAUCUUCUGUCUCGGCUACGAGCACGUCGUCGAUCCAGAUCGCCCCUUCAAGCGCCGCCCCCGCGAGCACGGCACAAACUUCGAGGUCCUCGUCUCCCACGUCUGCCACCACUGGCGCACCAUCGCCCUCCAGACGCCCUCCCUCUGGACCAGCAUCCGCAUGCGCAAGCCCGUCCACCUCGAGCGCAGCCAGCAGUUCAUCCUCCGCUCCCGCUCCCGCCCCCUCGACAUCUUCAUCGACACCGUCUCCCUCCCCGACCACGUCCCCGGCCACACCCUCUCCCGCACGGAGUUCCACCCCGCCUUCGACGUCGUCGACCCCCACUCCGCCCGCUGGCGCUCCCUCAUCCUCAAGGUCUCCGACCUCGUCUGCAAGGCCGGCGCCCGCGACCGCCUCCACGCGACCGGCCCCGUCCCCAACCUCGAGAGCGUGCAGCUCUGGCACCUCGAAAAGUGGGACUCGCUCCAGAACCUCGCAGCCCAGACCGCCAGGGCCCCCGUCCCCGUCCUCUGCAGCGACGCGACCGCCAUAAAAGACCUCUCCCUCGUCGGCGUCAACCUCGCCUGGGCCCUCCACGCGACGCCCUACCUCGCCGGCCUCCGCUCCCUCGAGCUCAAGCUCCACGCCGAGCCCACCCGCCCCACCUGCGACCAGUGGGAGGCCAUCCUCCGCGCCUCCCCCGACCUCGAGCGCCUCGCCCUGCACUACAGCGGCCCGCGCGAGGACGUCCAGUGGUCCACCGACCCGAUCCCCCUCCCGCGCCUCGCCGAGCUCUCCAUCCACGACCUCGACCCGGACAUGCUCUGCCUCAUCAUGCGCAACAUGGCCGUCCCCGCGCUGCGCGCGCUCGAGCUCGAGCUCACGCAGCAGGACGACACGGACUUUUCCGCGUUCAUGGGCGCCCUCGUCGACGACGGCGUCCCGCACGUCCCCGAACUGCGCCACCUCCGCGUCGCCGCCCUCGACUGCUCGACCCAGUCCUGGCACACGUUCCUCAAGUCCGUCCCGAAGCUCACCCACCUCGAGAUCGACUUUCGGCGCAUGCAGGACGAGCUCUUUCACACGCUCUCGCUCACAGACGCGCACGCGUGCAACGGCAACCCCAGCGCCCUUUCCAUCCACAGCGAACCACCGGCAGAGGCGGACUCUGCUCCCGCCCCCGAGUCCCAGGACCCCGGAAAAGAGACGCAGUCGCGGGCGGACUACGUUCUGCUGCCCGCGCUUGAGACGCUCAAGAUCGCGGGCCUGUCCGGCGACUACAUCAGGGACUUUCUCGAGUUCCGCGCGGUGAACGGCCGCCCCAUCGCGCACGUCCUGCUGCACAGAUACGCGCGCGACGAGGACACGGACGCGCUGCGCGAGAACCAGAACAGCCAUGUCGACUACUUUCUGUACUCGGACGAAGACGACGACGGCGAGGACGACGACGCGCUGACGGAGUUUGACGAGGAGGGAGAAGAUCCGUACGGAGAAGAGGAAGCGGGGGAGGACGGGGAAGAGGAAGAGGAAGAAGAAGAAGCAGCAGCAGUUCAAGCCCCACCGGCCUCGAGCACGCCGUGACUGCGACUCGCGACUCGCGCUCCUGGGCGAACACACGAACCAUCAUCUCACGCGACGACGUUGACGAAUGACUUUACGAUAGCCGUAUUUCGAUGUAUCAUAUUUUCCGCCGCUGCGGUCCCGUUUCUUGUCGCGACGAUCUAUGGGCUUGUUACGAGCAGCAUGUAGCGUAUUCGUCCCCGCCUGUGUCACCGCCGGCUCUUCGACUCGACUACCCCACCCAACCAUCCUAUAUACCCAGGCAGAGAUCAGCAGCCCGCAUGUGUAUCUUUUCUUUUCUUUUGUGCUUAGUUCCUACCCCCCCACCACCCUCAUUCCACAUCCAAUUUCCCGCAACCGCCCGGCGAGCACUUGACACACCGAUCUUUACAUGGCUAGUGAGUACAGUACAGUACGUGACAGACAGACAGACAAGCAAUGUUGUUGAACGUC